AUGUUAGUGCUAGGUUUGUCCAGAAGAUGCGUGACCAAGGGUCUUUUUUCUAAAGUUAGAUUCAACUCUACCAGCACCAUUACCAAUACUACUACAACUUCGGGAUCACCAUCGGGCCUGCUCUCAUGGGUUGACUACUUUAAAUUGAAAAAACAAAACAACAGAAUCAAUAUGGUUAGUGGAGUAAUUACUGGUCUUGGGGGCUCAUUGCUCACGUUGGGUUACUUGGGAAACAUUGAGAUUGAUGUUGAAAAGCCAAUUAUGGGAUUCGACCCAAUUAUGGUGAUGGGAGGAGCAGUGAUACUUGGUGGAUUUGCCGGCUACUUGGUUGGUCCAUUCAUUGGCUCUUUUGUUUUCAAAAUGUUGAACAGAUCGCAGUUGAGACAAUAUGAAGUCAAGAAUAGUUUUUUCCUUUCUAGGUUAAAGAACAAGAGACCCGACCCUUCAAGCCAAAGUUUCUCAAACCCUAUUCCUGAUUACUACGGAGAAAGAAUCUACUCGUUGAAGGAUUAUAGACAGUGGUUAAGAGACUGCAAUGCAUUUAGAAGAAAAGCCAAGGAGUUUCUUUAG